UCGAUAAUUAACCGGCUUUUCGACAUAUCGAGUGUGCCAGUUUCUUGGGAGCGUGAGCCGAAUAUUCGGUUAGUUUGCUUCGCGACGCUUUGCGAGAUCAAUGGAUUGCUUUUUAGCUAUAUACACUCAGUAGUAUUGAACAUUAAGGUGACGACGAAAAUUUGCAGUGACCACACAACUGGUGCAUCAAGAUGACCAGAAAGAGUUUGUUUGCGACGUUGACGCUGCUCUGCGUUUCGGGUCUCUGGACCUCGACGUCAGCGAAAGGAACGAAAAUCGACGUAUCGAGAGCCGCCAAAGAGAGGAAACCACGAUUCAUUUCGUUCGACACGAACUCUGGAAAGAUUGACAUAAACUUGGACCUGUCGGUGCCCUUUCUGUCGAUUCCACUGGAGGACAAAAAAGAGCACGGCGGUCCACCCAUGCCCCUGCUGAACGUCAAUACCAAAGCUCUCACGGUCUUCGGUUUGCUGAUGGCCCUCUCGGCAUUCGUCGUUCCCUUGUUUGUCAAAAAAAUACCGGACCAGCCGCCUAACGUUUCGCCAGCAGAGCUGCAUCACCACCAUUACAGUAAGGAGCACAAAAGUAAAACAUUGUUCGACGUAAUUUUUUUCUUUGAAAACACGUUUAUUCACUUGCAAUAAAUAGAAUCUCGGUUCGAAG